AUGACUUCUCCCCAAAUCACAGCUCCUCUGGUGACCAUAUCCGAAGUAGCACCUAGCAUAGACCCUCUCCCACAAUGCGCCAACGAGACCGAGGAUCCCAAAGAUCAGCACCUCCACGUGAACCGGAUGUACCAAAGGAGAGAGUCCAUUUUGUCUUCGGAGAUCAGCAUAUUCGUGGAGAAAACCAAACCGAAAAUACCGGACGGUGGCUGGGGUUGGAUGGUCGUCUUGUCUUGUUUCGUCAUCAACAUGCUGUCAGAUGGGGUGGGUUUCACGUUCGGACUCCUCUACAUCGAAUUCUUGAAUGCUUUUGGAGCUUCCAAGUCGGCCACGUCUUGGAUCGGUAGCCUCUUCAUGGCUCUGCCUCUGAUCGCGGGACCGAUUGGAAGUGCCUUGGUCGACAAGUACGGCUGCCGCUCCAUGACGAUGAUAGGCGGCAUAGUCUGCACCGUAGGCCUCGCCGCCAGUGCCUAUGCCAGAUCCAUAGGCGUCAUGUACCUGACCUUCGGCGUUAUAGGCGGCCUGGGCCUUACCAUCUGCCUCGUGACGGCCGUCGUGUCCAUUGCCUUCUGGUUCGAGAAACGCAGAACUGUGGCCUUGGGCUUAGCCGCGAGCGGCAGCGGUUUCGGCACUGCCGUGUACUCGCCCUUAGCUACCUGGUUGCUGGCUGAGUAUGGCUGGCGGGGCACUUUGCUGAUUACUGCGGGAUUUUUCGCGAACAUGUGCGUUUGCGGGGCCCUGAUGCGGGACCCAGAGUGGAUCAAAGAGGAAGACGAACGUGAGAAGAAGAUGAAGAAGCGGAGGAAGUCCAGUGCUUCUUCGAUCGAUACGGAGUGUCUCGAGGAAAUCAAGCAGACUUUGGAAGGUGGCGGGGAUGCUCAGUACCUCCUUCAGGAUGUCGAUGCGACUCUGGACCUCUCUGACAAGGACAGGUUCAAAUCGGUGGUGGAUUUGCCGACGUUCAUCAAAGAAAAUGAAAAAGUUCCGAUAGAAGUUUUGAAACAACUAAGCGAAAACAAGCAACUGUAUAGCAUCAUACUAGAAAACUACCCGAAUAUGUUAUACUGCAGAAGCUCUUCAGAGUCUGGAAUCAACAAACUUCCCAAUCAAGGAAAUCACCACACCUCCAGAAUCCCAGUGAGAUUUUCGAUGAAACUCAAAAAACCUGAUGAACCCGAAGUCUUGGAAAUCAUAGACGAAAUCAAACAUGAUGACAAAGUAGAUGAAACCACGAAAAUGUUGAAUGGAGGUACAGUUGCAGAAGAGUUGGAACCACCCCAAACAAGUACCAGAGGCAUACAGUUUUUACGGAGCUUAUCCGUAAAAGCAAAGACUCAGAUGCAACCCCAGUCGUACUUGAAGAACAUCAGAUUCAGGAAGAACUCAAUGGGUUAUAGAGGAGCAAUGUUGAAUAUACACAAAUAUAGAGUGAAAGCAUCGAGUUGUCCUGAUAUUUACAAAAAUUCGAUGGCUACCCUGUUUAGAGAAGAAGAGACCUGGUACGAAGAGUUAUGGGGCAUUUUGAAAGAUCUCACGAAUUUUUCGCUAUUUUUGGAUCUCCACUUUUUGCUGUUGUCAUUGUCCACCAUGAUCUUGUGCAUAUGGUUCGUGGUACCUUACUUCUAUCUGGCAGAGCAUAUGACACGAAGCGGGUAUACAGAUGAACAAGCUUCAUUUGUUAUCUCUAUUAUUGGAAUCACAAACACCUUGGGAAUGGUGAUUCUCGGUAUCAUCGGAGACAGACUCAACGUAGCCAAAUCCUACGCCGUCUGUCUGAUCCUGUGCGGUCUCACCAUAGCCGCCAUGCUGUUCUUCACCAAGUACUACGUCCUGCUGGUCAUCAGCGGAGGCUGUUUCGGUCUGUUCUUCGCCAGUUCGAUGUCCCUGACUCCAUCCCUGCUGGCCGAGCUCGUAUCCUUGGAUGACUUCACCAUGGCCUACGGGCUGCUGUUGCUCUCGCAGGGGGUGGGGAAUUUGAUAGGACCUCCACUAGCUGGAUGCCUAUUCGACUUGACAGAUUCCUGGGACCAGUCCUUUUACCAAGCAGCGUUUUGGAUAGUUGUAUCAGGAAUCAUAAUUGGUAUAAUACCUUAUACCAAAAAUCGAAAACUCAGAUCAUAA